UGGAGUUACAAACUAUUUCCGAAGCCGGCUGCUGCUCCCGCUCUCUCUGAAUUCCCCCCCCCCUCUCCGUGGCAGAACAAGCGCGUAGAAACCGCCGCCGCCGAGAUCCGCCGCUGCGGCCGGGGCUCCGCUUCUUCUUUUGCACGAAACCCUUCGGUUAUUUUUCUAGAAAUCUGUAUUAUUCUCUUAUAUAUAUAUAUAUAUAUAUUUCCCCCCCCCUCCUCCACGCGUGCUGCCUCCCCCGGCUGCCGUGUGCGUGUUGCGGGGGUCGGUGCCGCCGCUCCGCGGGUGCGGAGGGUGAGACGGGCGGAUCGGCGGAGCCGCUCCUCCAACUUUCCUGCCUAAUAUUUGAACCCGGACCAUGUCUCUGACCAACACAAAGACGGGUUUUUCCGUGAAGGACAUUUUGGACCUCCCCGACACCAACGAUGAGGACGGCUCCGCCGCGGAGGGGGGAGAGGAAGAGAGCGAGGCGCCGGAGCCGCCCAAGAAAGCGGGAGUUUUGGGACAAACCCCCUUGGACACUGUUCAGACGCUGCCUUUGAAGAACCCUUUCUAUGAUAAUAGCGAUAAUCCCUACACGCGCUGGCUGGCGAGCGCCGAGGGCAUCCAAUACUCCCGUGAGUACCGCGCAACCGGGACGGCAACGGGGGCAGCGAGCGGCUCCGCGCCCGCGGGGGCUUCCCCGGGCGGCGGGGUGAGGAGAAGGUGCGCGGCCGCGCCGUACCCCAACGCGGAGAUCUCCAUCGCUCCCCGCUCUGGGACGAUUUUGGGCCGCCUCUAG